UUUAUGGCCGGGUUUUGUUGGGGUGGCUUGGAGCCUGUGCUUCGGUGUUUGCAUAGCAUAAUUAAUGACCAUCCAUAAGUAGAAGUGAUCUUUGACCCAAACAAAAUGAAGAAGAAGAGAGAUCUUUGGUUUAAGUUGUUCAAUGAUAAUAAUAAUGCAUUAAUUUGAUUAAUAAUGAUCGUUGGAUUAAUUUGAUUUAGAUAUCUCAGCUUAGUGGCGCCAACUGCUUCAACAGGCCUAACAAGCGCUGAAUAAAGCCCAUCAGACAUCUGGCCCAGGUCCGAAUUUGUUUCCUUUCAGUAAACGACGACGUUUUGUUAAGUUGUGGGCGGACAAGAAAAUGCGUGAAGCCGAUGGACAAAUUCAUAAAAAUGCUGUUACCGUUUACGAGAUGCAUAGAUUCUCUCCGAUAGUCGAGUUUCUUCUCAGCAAACGCCAAUUUUUCUUACCUUCUUCUCAAAUCCAGUCUCGCUUUGACUUGAAUCGCAGAAGUUUUCACGUUUCUAAAGCUCUCGAAGAUAAUUUCCGGAGAAGCAACGGGAUCGGUUUAGUCUGUCUCGAGAAGAGCCGCAACGAGCGUACGAAGAACUCCAAGUACGAUGAAUUCGCGAGUGAUGUCGAGAAAUCAUACAGGAUUCUUAGGAAAUUUCAUUCUAGGGUUCCGAAGUUGGAACUCGCGCUUAACGAAUCCGGUAUUCAACUCCGACCCGGGUUAAUCGAACGGGUUCUGAGUCGUUGUGGUGAUGCCGGGAAUCUAGGUUACAGAUUCUUCGUCUGGGCGGCUAAGCAGCCUGGUUACUCUCACACUAUCGAAGUUUAUAAAUCGAUGGUGAGAGUUUUAAGUAAAAUGCGUCAAUUUGGAGCGGUUUGGGGUUUAAUCGAAGAGAUGAGGAAGGAGAAUCCUCAAUUGAUUGGACCUGAAUUGUUUGUGGUUUUGGUUCAGAGGUUUCCGUCUGCGGAUAUGGUUAAGAAAGCUAUUGAGGUGCUCGACGAAAUGCCUAAGUUUGGUUUAGAUCAUGAUGAGUAUGUAUUCGGGUGUUUGCUUGAUGCUUUGUGUAAGAACGGUAGUGUUAAAGAUGCUGCGAAGCUUUUCGAGGAUAUGAGAUUGCGGUUUCCGUCGAAUUUGAGAUAUUUUACUACGUUGUUGUAUGGUUGGUGUAGGGAAGGGAAGAUGAUGGAAGCUAAACAUGUUUUGGUUCAGAUGAAGGAAGCUGGUUUUGAGCCUGACGUUGUUGAUUACACCAAUUUGCUAAGUGGGUAUGCUAAUGCUGGUAAAGUAGCAGAUGCUUAUGAUCUUUUGAAAGAUAUGAGAAGAAGAGGAUUUGAACCGAAUGUGAACUGUUACACUGUUUUGAUCCAAGCAUUGUGUAAGGUGGAUAGAAUGGAGGAGGCGAUGAAGGUAUUUGGUGAGAUGGAGAGGUAUGAAUGUGACGCUGAUGUUGUGACUUACACUGCGUUAGUUAAUGGGUUUUGCAAAUGUGGAAGAAUCGACAAGUGUUAUAUUGUGUUAGACGAUAUGAUUAAGAAAGGGCUCAUCCCGUCCCAACUCAACUAUAUGCAUAUCAUGGCGAUUCAUGAGAAGAAAGAAAGAUUUGAAGAGUGUUUGGAGCUGAUGGAGAAGAUGAAGCAGAUAGGGUAUUAUGCUGAUCUUGGCGUUUACAAUAUCGUCAUCAGAUUGGCUUGUAAACUAGGAGAAGUUCAGGAAGCUCUUCGAUUAUGGAACGAAAUGGAAACAAACGGGUUGAGUCCUGGAGCAGAUUCGUUUGUUAUUAUGAUCGAUGGUUUAACAAGCCAAGGUGUUUUACUCGAAGCCUCUGAUCACUUCAAAGAAAUGGUAUCUCGAGGAUUGUUAUCCGUUUCUCAAUACGGAUCUCUGAAGUCAUUGCUAAAUACCCUUUUAAGAGACGAGAAGCUGGAAACGGCGAAAGAUGUUUGGAGUUGCAUCACAAGUAAUGGGUCUUGCGAGCUGACUGUAUCGUCUUGGACAAUAUGGAUCCAUGCCUUGUUCUCAAAAGGUUAUGAGAAGGAGGCGUGCUCUUAUUGUCUUGAAAUGAUGGAGAUGGACUUCAUGCCGCAACCAGACACAUUUGGUAAACUUAUGAAGGGGUUGAAGAAACUGUAUAAUAGAGAAUUCGCUGCAGAGAUUACAGAGAAGGUGAGGAAUAUGGCAGUUGAGAGAGAAAUUAGUUUUAAGAUGUAUAAGAGAAGGGGAGUGCAAGAUUUGACCGAGAAAGCUAAAUCUCAAAAAGAAGGGAAGAAGAAACAGAGGAGUCAAUAAAGAAUACCGAAGGACCAUUUUUUUUUUUUUUGGUUCAGUGUAACACUUCAAUUUAUGAUUGAGAACGAAGCACUCUGGUGGUUGUUAUCAAGUAGUCAGAAGAACAACAAUAGAUUUGAAGAACAAAAGAUUUGAAGAACAAAAAAAAUAUCAAAUACCUCGAAAGAGAUGAAACUAGUGUGUCUUCUUCAUCUUUUGUGUUGAAAGCUGAGACCUUUCCAAUUGUCUCUGUGCGCAGACGGUAGAGUCUGAAAAGUUACUUAAACCAAUACUGUCACCAGAAGAAGCUCCAGUGUGUGUACAUGGAACUUAUAGGAAGAAUUUGGAAUUCAUCUUAGCAUCAGGCUUAAAGCGCAUGAAUAGAAUGCAUGUUCACUUCUCUUGUGGCUUAAAGUGAUUAGUGGAAUGUUGAUGUUUUGAUCUUCCUCGACAUGAAGAAAGCUUUGAAGAUGGGAUUGCGUUCUACAUGUCAGACAACAAACUGAUUUUGACUGAAGGCAUUGAUGGUGUAGUGUCGAUUACUUCCAGAAGAUUGAGUCUUGGCCUGGUCGGCAGUCCAUCAAACACCAUGAGAAGAUUCACAGUCUUGGCGUUCAUACACAUAUGUUUCUGACUCUUGGAAGAUUUGCUCAUCCGAUUUGAAUGAUCUGAUGUCGAACAUGAAUCUUAAUUAAUUUAAUUAGUUCACCCAUUUAGAGAUACUUGUUUGAAAAAACUGCAACUACAUCUUCGUGAACUUUAAAUUCCUAAGGUUUAUGUAUAAGUUGUGUAACUCGUAGUCAAAUAUUCGUAGCUGCUUUUCUUUGUU